CCAAAAGGCGUCCUGGGAAGGAUUUAGAAUCUACCUAGGAAUUUGCCGUCCAUCCAUCCAUCUCUACUCUUAUAAACCGCCAAGAUAGAUACCAAGAUACUUUGCAUUAGACUUAGACCAAGGAACUUCCUACUAGAAUACUCUAAAUAACACUACAUACCUACUAUGCAGCGUAUUACUCCAAGCGUUUCCCAAGACUUCUAGGUUAGCUCGCGCUAUGUUCGAAACGCCCAUGCUUGUUUCGAGCACAGUCACAAUAGGCUUGGUUCUGCGACGCUCAGUCCUAAAUAUCGUUUUACUACCGCCGUUGGGCAUGCGGAAGUUAAAUUUGCUAGGCGUACUUUAUUGUUUUACAAUUCGUGCAACUACUAAUUUCAAUCCGGCAGCAUUUACACAACGGCAAUUAGCUUCAUUAUCCUGCUAAUUUCGGAUUCCUAACCGAUGAACUAGAAUAGAUUCUAGGUACCUGCGCUCCUUUCGAAAACUCCCGAUCCGGAGAUAGUAACUAUGGAAUACGUGCUAGAGAAACCUCAUGGUACACGUCGCCUAUUCGAGCUGCUGACACUAAAGGCUCUCGUAGCUUUUGGCACGACGAAAGCUCUUCGCGGAAUUUUGAGGCUUCUUCCGCAGAUCGCGGUUGGCACUACUAUAUUACUAUUCGGGUCAUACCUAUGGUCCUCGCACUUUGCUAGUGUCACUACAAAUCCUGGUUACCGCAGGGUCACAUUCGAGACUGCUGGGGCUGCAAGAGGGGAUGUAGGCGGCCGUGGACUAAGGAUUGUAGUGUUUGGGGGUGGGGAUGUUGCCACGCCAAAUCGGGUAUCGUGGAGAGUUGAUGGACCUACCUCGGCUUGGACGGAUAUCCUUUGCCUACAGUUGAAUUGUAACCCUUAUCUUUCAUAUGUGCCACUCACAGACAGUGACGAAGGUGCUUUCGUAUCGAAUUCAUUAUUCGAGGCUGCUCUAGCUCGUACAUCAGCGGGAGAUGAUGACACCACUGCACGGCUUGAUUACUCCUGGCUAGCCCAGAACUAUCCAGUUCCAUCCCAUAAAGAUCUUCUUCAUCAAGUUGAGGCUUUCCUUGCCAGUCCUCUUCCUCGAAGCCCACCUCGAGAGACGCUGUGGGUUUUCAAUAUCGGGUUCUGGGAUAUAUGGAGCUUAUCAGCAUUGCCUCUCAAGGUCGCUACACGACUCAUAGAGACUCAAGCACAACAUGUUCUCUCGCAGAUAGAAUUACUCUACGAGGAAUCACAUAAGAACGAUUCAGUUGCUUUCUCAGACUAUUAUAACAGCAUGGGUUCGAGUCCCAUGCACAUCACUAACAAGGACCCCUUACCUGGAGUCCCUUUCCGCGUAUUUAUACCGAAACCAUUCGAUGUAUCCAUGACGCCUGGCUUUGAAAAUGCCCGUUUCGCACCUCCGCCGCCACACGUCAAGGCCGAACAGAUGCGUAACGCGGCGUUUCUUACCAAGCACUGGGAUAAGGUAAUUCAGAACAUGCUCAAAGAGUGGAUAACUCUUCCGGACUUGGUGGAAAAGAGCGCGAAUAUAAAUGGGGUUCCCAUGCCGUCUGCCCGCCGUGAAGCUAUAUCAUAUGAUAUCUCUAGCUAUAUCCAGGAACUUAUUGCCGAAAACCAGCUGCGGAGCGCGGAUCUCGUCGAUCAUCAUGCGCUUGAGUCCGUAGCAAUGACUGAGGGGUAUACAGAAGUAUCGAAGCCUUGUGUUCAGAGGAACUAUGUUUUUGGCGGGAAUAGCAGUGGCACCGAAAACGCGACGGAAAAUGAUGGGUGGACUGUGUGCGAUGCACCUGAUGAGCAUCUAUUCCAGACCGAAUUCACAGUCAACCGACGGACCAUUUUCGAAGUUGGCAAACGGGCUGCUAAGCUAUUGAAACGACACAUGGAGAUGGACGCAGAGUGGGUUAAGAAGGCUCAGCUACCACUGUCCUCUCUGCGUAGAGGAGCUGAUGGAGAACCUCAGACUCAAGACUUUUAGAUAUGGUGCAAUGAUUUACUCAGGUUAGGUGGUUAUUCAAGGUAGUGGAUGAUACAUUUGCUUUUCUAAUUUGCUUUUUUUUCAUUAAAGGGGGGUGGCACCUGAGUUGUUUUGUCCUAGCAACUGAAUAACGCACACCCAGAAAGAUGUAGUCAUAAUAUUCCUAGUUGAUGCACACAGUAUUACUCCUAUCCUUUGAAAAAUGUAUAAACGU